UAAGAUCGUUGACGUUUAUUACUAAAUGGUUCGAUAUUCAUGAAUUAUUAAUUGUUUUUAGUUAAAUAAAUCAAUACAAAAUGGGUGACUUCUUGGCAACUAAUAACAUUUGUGGGCAAAAUCUACUACGAUUAGUAUCUCAUGGAAAUGCUGUUAUUGCAGAAUUGAUGAGAUUGAAGGACUAUGUGCCGCCAGUAUUUAGUUUGGAUACAAAACAAAUUGUACAAAAGUAUGGAUCAAUUAUAAUUGAUUUUGCAUAUUUCAAAUCAGUUAGCACUUAUGAACAGAAAAUAGAAAAUGAUCCAGUACUUCAAGAUACAGAUGAAGAGCUACGAAAUAAUUUUUCUGACUUAAUUUCAAGGUUUUAUUUAACUUUCGAAAGUAUACAUAAAUAUGUAACAGACUUGAAUCUUUAUGUAGAUGAAUUGGGAGAUGGAAUAUAUAUUCACCAGUCCAUAGAUACUAUUUUGUUUAAUGAGGAAGAAAGACAGUUAAUGUGUGAAGCAGUAUAUUUAUAUGGAGUUAUGCUACUUUUGGUGGAUUAUCAUUUUGAGGGAUGUAUAAGAGAAAGAUUACUAGUAUCUCAUUAUCGGUACAAUGCUCAACGUUCAUCUUCUACAAGAGUAGAUGAUAUAUGUAUGUUAUUACGUUCAACAGGAUUUUCUAAAACUUCUAAUAAACGACCUGCCAAUUAUCCUGAGGAGUAUUUUAAGAGAGUACCACUAAAUGACUCCUUAAUAGAACAUAUUAUUGGACGUUUGCGUUCUGAUGAAAUAUAUAAUCAAAGUCUUGCUUAUCCACAUCCAGAACAUCGCAGUACUGCUCUUUCUAAUCAAGCAUCAAUGUUAGUCAUAAUUUUAUUAUUUAAGCCGGUUGUGUUGCAUAGCCAUACUGCUAUGAUGAGAGAAAUAGUAGAUAGAUUUUUUCCUGAUAAUUGGGUGAUUAGUAUUUAUAUGGGAAUAGUAAUAAAUUUGUGUGAUUGGUGGUUACCAUAUAAAGCAGCAAGAACAGCUCUCAAUAAUACUCUUGAAUCAUCAAAUGUAAAAAUAAUUGCACAAAAAUAUGGUCAGAAAAUGAAGGUAUUGAUAUCUGAAACAGAAGAAAUACAAUUAGCAGUGACUUUAGAUGAAAGUGCAAUAGGACCAUUGGUAAAAUUAGUAAGGGAAUGUAAUGUAGUAUUACAUUGGAUACUUUUACAUACAGCAAUAUCAACUAUAUCAAUAGAAGAUUCAAAACGCUCACGUAUGCUUAGACAAUUGGUGGUAACAGAAAGCAAAUAUACAACAUCUGAUUGUCUUCAAUUGUUGCUAAGUACUGCUCAGAUUGAGCAAGGUGUUAAACAAUUGUACAAAGAUGUAUGAUCAAUAACAUAUUUUAUAUAUAAUUAAUAAUAAUUAUAUUAUUAAUCGUAAUAAUAAGAAACUAAAUGGCUUAGAGAUAAAGAAAUAUGUGUUGAACGUAUAACAGAUCUUGCCCAAAUAUUUGGUGGUAGUAGAUCACUUGAUGGUAUUGAAAGGAAUCACAAUUUACAUGCUUGGUUUAUGGAGAUAAGUAGACAUAUUGAUUCAUUGCAACAAGAAGAUGGUAGAAAAAUAGUACAGUUGUUACAGGCAUUAGAAGAAGUACAAGAAUUUCAUCAAUUAGAGAACAAUUUGCAUAUAUCACAAUAUUUAGCCGAUACACGUGAAAUUUUACAUAAAAUGUUACGUACUGGAAGCAUCACUGAAGACACUAUGAUAAGUUUAAAUAUAGUGACAGAUUGUUGUUAUGCAUGGAAUAUAAUGGAAUCAUUUAUUGAUGCAAUGCAAGCUAGUAUAAAAGAAAGUCCUCCUACUGUAAUAAAAUUAAAAGCGCUAUUUUUAAAAAUGGCCUCAGCAUUAGAGACUCCCUUAUUAAGAAUAAAUCAAGCGCGUAGUGCAGAUUUAUCAUCUGUAUCACAAUAUUUUAGCAGAGAAUUAGAAAAAUAUGCAAGACGUGUUUUGCAAAUAAUACCCGAAACUGUGUUUGGAUUGCUUGCGCAAAUAGUAUAUCUCGAAACCAAUGCUUUCAAAGAAAUCCCUACUAAACUGCCAAAAGAGAAACUGAAAGAUUAUGCACAACUAGAUGAUAGAUUACAAAUGGCUAAAUUAACAUAUACUGUAUCAGUAUUUACAAAAGGUGUGCUCUCUUUGAAAAGUGUUCCACUGGGUGUGUUAAGAGUCGAUUCGCAUCGUCUUUUGGAAGAUGGUAUACGACAAGAACUUGUAAAAAAAGUGACGCUAGCUUUAGAUAAUGGUCUUGUUUUUGAACCAAAAUCAAAAACAUCAUUGCUGCAGAAACUUCAUAAUUUAGCAGCAAUUAUGGACGGUUAUCGCAAAUCAUUCCAAUAUAUUCAAGAUUAUAUAAACAUUAACAGUUUAAAAAUAUGGCAUGAAGAAAUGACAUAUAUUAUAAAUAAUGCAGUGGAAGAAGAAUGUGCAACAACUAUAUAUAUUGAACAUUCUCUUGCCUGGUAUGAUCUCAAAACGCAAACAGAAGUAUUAAAUUAUAAAAUUUUUUCAAGAACAUUAGAAGCAAUUGGUACACCUGGUUUAACAGGACUUGACAAACUUAUUUCAUAUUAUAUUAUUGCUGAAAUAAACAAUAUAAUAAAUUAUAUAGAGAAGAAUAUUCGUAAUAAAACGUGGACAUCCACAAUUGAUCAUUUCGAUGCAAUAUUAACUUCUAUGGAUAUUCAUAAAGGUAAUGUAUCGAAACUUCAUAGUUCUAUCUUUACUCAAACAAAUAAAUUCUGCCCUCAACUAUUAGAAUGGAUAUUAAAAGUUGGGCAUUAUCAACUUCUUAAAAAGAAAAUAGCAUAUGAAUUAAACACUGCUUGUAAAUUUGAAGCAAAACACAUGGAAGCAGCACUUCAAACAUUAAACAAAGCUAUUUUAUUUGAAAUUGAUAAACAAUAUAAUAGUGACCAAAAUGAAGCUGAAAAAAAUGAUUUAUUACAUGAACUUAAUACUAGAUUAGAUUGGGCUGGUAUAAAUAAUCCUCAUAACAAUAUUUAUGUUAAAUCACCAAACAUAAAUAAUAUUGAACUUAUUAUGUUUUUACUUACUAUAUUACAAUUACCUAAACUGUAUUAUUGCAAAAAUACAGGAAGUCUUUUGAGUAAAAAAUCACAAGAUCCUCUUGAUGCUGUUGUUUUUGUUAUUGGAAUACAAACUAUACUACGUCAAUGUACUUUUUCCGCAAUGACGCGCUAUGUUAAAUAUCUUUGUACGUACGUUCUUUCGUGUGUUACCCCGGAUGGUGCAAAAACAGGAAAUGAUGGAGAAUCCGAAGGGACUAAUACUUUACAUAUUUUGGAGUUACUUAUAAAAUAUUGCGGUAUAUCACAAUCGCUUAUACUCAGAGAAAUUCCUAUAAUCAUCAUGGAUCACUUCCAAGCCAAGAGUGCUAGAUAA